AUGCUGUCCUUAAAUCAUAGCAACACCACAUUCCUCCUGAUGGGCCUCCCAGGCCUAGAGGAAAUGUACAUCUGGAUCUCUAUUCCAUUGUGUGUCAUGUAUAUAGUUGCUGUUGCUGGAAAUAGUUUGAUCCUAUGGGUGGUAAAAUCAGAAACAAUUCUUCACCAGCCAAUGUACUAUUUCCUUUCCAUGCUGGCCAUGACUGACCUAGGGCUCUCCUUUUCCACACUGCCUACUAUGCUAACCAUCUACCUGUUGGGCAAUCGGGAAGUUGAGGUAGAUGCAUGCCUAGCCCAACUGUUUUUCAUCCAUACUUUUUCUGUCAUGGAAUCCUCUGUGCUUCUCUCCAUGGCUUUUGACCGUUUUGUGACCAUCUGUAAUCCACUGCGCUAUACAACUAUCCUACCCAACUCCCGAGUUGCUGGCCUGGGCCUUGCAAUUGUGGUCCGUAGUAUUGGGCUACAUGUCCCUGCUCCUAUCAUGCUAAAAAAGCUUCCUUACUGCCAUACUGGUCACCUUUCCCAUUCUUAUUGCUUACAUCCAGAUGUCAUGAAGCUUGCUUGUACUGAUACUCAUGUGAAUAGUGCUUAUGGGCUCUUUGUGGUACUCUCCACUCUUGGCAUGGACUCUAUGCUUAUUGUGGCUUCCUAUGUGUUGAUCCUCUAUGCUGUACUCACCAUUGCUUCGCAGACAGAGAGACUUAAGGCCCUUAAUACAUGUGUCUCACAUAUCUGUGCAGUGCUACUCUUCUAUACACCCAUGAUUGGCCUGUCCAUGAUCCACCGUUUUGGGAAACAGGCUUCACCAUGUAUCCGGGUACUGCUCUCCUACUUGCAUUUUCUCAUGCCACCAAUGGUCAACCCCAUUGUAUAUACUAUUAAGACAAAGCAGAUACGUCAGAGGAUCUUCCAUUUUUUUCAGUCUAGUGGGGCCAGAAUGAGAAUUAGGCAAGAACAUUGA